CCUUUCACUCUCACUCUGACAGUCUGCAGUUCAAUAUGUUGCCUGAGCAAUGCUGCGCACCACAGUGGAAGCCAUCCUGCCGGUGUACCGGCCGCGCACCACAACCCGAGCAUCAGUGCUCCAUUUGAAGGACCUGUGUGAAGAGGAACGCGACCCUCACAAACCCCAGCCACUGCCAAACAGAGAGGAACACAACGCCAGCUCCAUGUGGAGGGAGGCCAUGCGUAAGAGGAGCUACUUGCUGGAGAGGACAGGAGGAGAUGUAACAGGAGGAGGAGGUGUGCGUGGCCGGAGACAGAGGUCCCCAGACUGGCUGUAUGAUUCGUACCAUCGUAUGAGCCAGCAGCACCCACUUAUUGUUUUUCUGCUCCUCAUUGUGAUGGGUGCCUGCCUGGCUCUGUUGGCUGUUUUCUUCGCCUCUGGGCUGGAUAUCGAGGAUCACGUCGCCUUUGUAAUCACUGUCCCCACUGCGCUGGCUAUUUUCCUCACGAUCUUUGUUCUGGUCUGCAUCGAGUCCAUCUUCAAGAAGCUGCUCCAAGUUUUCUCCUUGGUGAUCUGGGCCUGCCUGGUUGCCAUGGGUUACCUCUUUAUGUUUUUUGGAGGAAUCAUCUGUCCCUGGGAUCAGGUGUCUUUCUUCUUGUUCAUCAUCUUUGUGGUAUAUACCAUGCUCCCCUUCUCCAUGAGAGAUGCCAUCAUAGCCAGCGUGCUCACCGCGUCCUCUCAUACUGUCGUCCUCAGUGUCUGCCUCUCCUCUACAGUCGACCAUGUGGAGCCCCUAGUAUGGCAGAUCCUGGCAAAUAUCAUAAUUUUCAUAUGUGGGAACCUGGCAGGAGCAUACCAUAAGCAUCUGAUGGAACUGGCGCUAAAACAGACAUAUCAAGACACCUGCAACUGUAUAAAAUCCCCCAUCAAACUGGAGUUUGAGAAGAGACAACAGGAAACAUGCAGAGAUCUUGAGAAACACAAUACUCUGAGGGUGCUUUUCUUGUGGCGGUUCAUUCUGUUAUGUAUUUUGUAUGCUGAUAUUGUUGGAUUUACCCGCUUGGCCACCGAUUGCUCACCUGGAGAGUUGGUCCAUAUGUUGAAUGAGCUAUUUGGCAAAUUUGACCAGAUUGCCAAGGAAAAUGAAUGUAUGAGAAUUAAAAUUUUAGGGGACUGUUAUUACUGUGUAUCUGGCCUCCCAGAGUCCUUGCCAAAUCAUGCCAACAACUGUGUGAAGAUGGGUCUUGACAUGUGCGAAGCUAUUAAGAAAGUGCGAGACGCCACAGGAGUGGACAUUAACAUGCGAGUUGGUGUUCACUCUGGAAACGUUCUCUGUGGUGUGAUUGGCCUCCAGAAAUGGCAAUAUGAUGUCUGGUCACAUGAUGUGACUUUAGCCAAUCACAUGGAAGCAGGUGGUGUACCUGGACGAGUCCACAUCACCUCGGUGACUCUUGAGCACUUGAAUGGGGCAUAUAAGGUUGAAGAUGGAGAUGGCCAGGAGCGUGAUCCUUAUCUAAAAGAGCAUGGAGUUGUAACCUACUUAGUGAUCAACCCAAAGGCAGAGAGAAAAAGUCCUCAGCACCACUACAGACCCAGACACGCCAUGUAUGGGACUAAAAUGAGAGCUUCAGUGAGGAUGACCAGAUACCUGGAGUCAUGGGGUGCAGCCAAGCCUUUCGCCAACCUUCACCACAGAGACAGCAUGACCAAUGAGAAUGGAAAAAUCAACACCGCUGAUGUCCCCAUGGGCCAGUACCACUUUCAGAGGCGUUCAGAGAGAACAAAAUCUCAGAAGAAGCGUUUUGAGGAGGAACUCAACGAGAGGAUGAUUCGAACUUUUGAUGGCAUCAAUUCUCAAAAACAAUGGCUCAAAUCGGAGGACAUUCAGAGAAUAUCUUUGUUUUUCCACAAUAAAACAUUGGAAAAAGAGUAUAGAGCAACGACCCUGCCGGCCUUCAAAUAUUAUGUGACCUGUGCCUGCUUGAUAUUCUUCUGCAUUUUCAUUGUUCAGAUCCUGGUUCUGCCAAAAACGGCAAUAUUGGGAAUAUCAUUUGGAAUGUCUUUCUUAAUUCUGUCUUUGAUUCUGCUCAUUUGCUUCAUUGGGCAUUUCUUGCAUUGCGAUAAGACAGCCUCUGCAUCUUGGCUCUGGAUCCUUAGAUCCUCCGGAAUCAUUGCCAACAAGCCCUGGCCACGCAUCACCCUCACCAUGGCAACCACAGCCCUCAUCCUGAUCAUGGCUGUCUUCAAUAUGUUCUUUGUAGAAGACAACUUAACAUCCACAGAUACUGUUUAUAAUGCAUCAAAUGAGACACUUCUUCAGCCUGAUGGACAUCCCAUAUCUUACAUGGACAACAACACAUUCUACCUUCCUUAUUUUAUCUACAGUUGCAUUCUGGGCCUGAUUUCCUGCUCAGUGUUUCUGAGGAUCAACUAUGAACUGAAGUUGCUCAUCAUGCUAACAGCCGUGGUGCUCUACAGCAUCAUCAUACUUCAAACACACGCAUCUCUGCUGGACGAGUACAGUAAAUUCCUCUACAAAACAGAGAUCCUGGAUAGGCCAGGAGUUCUGAAAGACUUGAAAACUAUGGGCUCUAUAUCUCUCUUUAUAUUCUUCGUCACUCUGCUUGUUCUAGCUAGACAGAAUGAAUAUUACUGUAGGUUGGAUUUCCUGUGGAAGAACAAGUUCAAGAAAGAAUGCGAGGAGAUAGAAACCAUGGAGAACCUUAAUCGUGUUCUGUUGGAAAACGUUCAGCCAGCCCAUGUAGCAGAGCACUUUCUGGCCAGGAACUGGAAGAACGAGGAUUUGUAUCACCAAUCAUAUGACCUGGUGUGUGUGAUGUUUGCUUCUAUCCCGGACUUCAAAGAGUUCUACACAGAAUCAGAUGUAAACAAGGAAGGUCUUGAGUGCCUCAGACUACUCAACGAAAUCAUUGCAGACUUUGAUGAGUUGCUCUCUAAGCCAAAGUUUAGUGGAGUGGAGAAGAUAAAGACUAUUGGAAGCACAUAUAUGGCAGCCACUGGACUUAAUGCCACACCAGGACCAGAAUAUACACAGGAGCAUGACAGGCAGUAUAUGCACAUUGGUACCAUGGUGGAGUUUGCCUUUGCACUGGUGGGGAAGCUUGAUGUCAUCAAUAAACAUUCCUUCAAUGAUUUCAAACUUAGAGUGGGUAUUAAUCAUGGACCUGUGAUAGCUGGGGUGAUUGGAGCUCAGAAGCCCCAGUAUGACAUCUGGGGCAACACAGUGAAUGUAGCAAGCAGAAUGGACAGCACAGGAGUGCUGGGAAAAAUACAGGUUACAGAAGAGACGAGUCGUAUCUUGCAGACAUUAGGCUACAUGUGCACAUGCAGAGGAAUUAUAAAUGUGAAAGGGAAAGGAGAGCUCAAAACAUACUUCGUCCACACUGAGAUGAGCCGGUCUUUAUCCCAGGGGAAUGUAAUGCCAUGAAGCAUAGCAACAAACAUGCAAUGAACUGCAGACAUCUACAAACGGGAAUACAAGGGACAUUUGUAAAUAAUUGCUCCUAGUCUUUAGAUGCACGAAAUAUUGGAUGUAUUGAAAGUGAUACCAUUUCUACUGUAUCUCAUAGGCAGGUUUUGUGCACAGGGUACUACUGUAAGUAUGGUAGCAAUUAUUUUGUAAGAAAAUCAAAUAUAACAAAAAGUGUUUUGAUGUUUUAAUGCCAUUUUUCUUUUCUUUGUUUUUCUUUUUUAAAAACUUCAUUAAACUUUAUAUGUACUUGUCUUUCUGAGGGCAUCUUUAUUUUUAAGACAUUUAAGAGUUUUUGAUACGCUGUAGUUACAAAUGACAGGAAUAAGCUAGUACUUAAAUGUUUCUGUGUCGUGUCACUAACAUGCUGUGCAUGAUGUGUCACAUAUUUACACCAAGGGCAUAUAGAUGUAGCUUUGGACAGUUGGGACAUAUCCCUAUGAGAGUUGUGAAUGCAAUAUAGUAUUCUAUGUUUGUAUGUCUGUUUCGUGUUUUUAUUCAUAAUGAAAAUACUUUUUUCCCUUUACACAUUUCAUGAACAUAAGGUGUACUGUCAAGUUGUUCUGUGCAAUCUCUGUGCACCUUCUUUGAGC